CAGUAAUUGCGAUUGAUUUAAAGCAGUGCGAGCAAUUGGGCUUGUCUCUUCAUGCAGAGAUUAUAACAGUCAUGUUCGCGAGAGCAUGCAAAAGGUCUGUCACAGUGGCCAAGCUAUUGAAGCAGCCGCAAAAUCAAUACCUUCACGCAUCUCCAUCAUUGGGACUACCUCGGCGAAAGGAUUUUUUCUCUUCCAACGCAUACCUCAAUCAAAAGCAAUCUAAAAAUGGUGACAUUACAGAGGUGUUGCUCUCUGAGCCUCAGAAGCAACGGAGGAGGGGCGGUCGGUCCCCGGCAGCGCCAACUUCGUUGCGGAGAGUAGCUGUGGAAGCACAAAGAUCAAAAGAUGGCUUCUUAUCCAAGGCCCAGCUCAAGGAGCAGGGGCCAAAUCAGACUAAGACAGUAACCGCUUAUGCCGUAGCUGAACAGUUUAACAUUCGCAAAGUCAGGGAUAUCCUCCAAGAGAAAGGCUACGAACCGGAUCCCUUCGAAACCGGUCUAUACCCGCAGGUUGUCCAUGUGCAGGUUCCUCUAGAUUCGAUACGGCGAGUGAGCAACCCAAGUGCAUCAGACCUGCCAUCCGACGAAGUUGGCGAUAUUUUUGUAUUCCCCUCUGGCACAGUUGUGGCCUGGUCGCUACCGGAAGGCUUCACAUCCUUUCUAGCAACCAGAACACUGCUUACGGCAGCGGAAGGAGCACAUAUAGAUAAUCUGGAGACCGAAGACCUUGAGUACGUCGAGGACCCGCAACGAGAAAAUAGCAGCAUCAAGGGCGAUACUAUUAUCCUUGGGACCAAGCCCGACAACAAUGGAUCUGGGACGCAACUGGCUGGGCAACAAUCUGCGGUAGAGACGGUCCUGACAAAAGUCGCAUUUUCGUCAGGGCUAGCUCGAAGUACGAAGCUAGCAGUUCUUGAAAGUCUUCUGUCGAAUUAUUUUGAAUCCACCCGGGCGAUCCCUACCCUCCUAUCAAAAGGUUCUCGUCUACCCUUUACACGAGAUUUCAUCCUUCGUAAAACCGGCCAGCUACUCAGUGUACGCGCACAGUUGAACCUUUACUCCGAACUCACAGAUUCCUUGCCGGACAUCUUCUGGGAUAGCCGGCAUGAGCUUGGUCUGGAAGGAUACUACGAGCAAGCAGGGCGGGCUCUAGAUGUGGGGAUUCGCAUCAAACUCUUGAAUGAGAAAAUGGACUAUGCGCAGGAAAUCGCUAGUGUCCUCCGAGAAAGACUGAGCGAGACGCAUGGACUUCGACUCGAAUGGAUCAUCAUUUUACUCAUUGCCGUGGAAGUAGGCUUUGAGGUCCUACGGUUAUGGAAGGAAAGAAUCCAUGAGCAGGAAACACGAGAGCAAAAUAAACAGGAUUAAAGUAGCAGAGAUAUGAAUGUUUGUGUUGUGUAUAUAGUUGUGUCCCCAGACCGCAGGUUUUGUCGGUGUAGGUUGUUUUACUUGACAGGCGUACCAUGAUACCCCCUCCACUCGAUAUUCCAAAGAUGCCUUUCAGUAUGGACUAUGCAGGUUCUACAUAUGAUUGUAACCAGAGAAACUGAAAUCUCCUGGAUCGCCAGGCACACAUCGUGUUGUCUAUCUUGUACAGCUAGCUAGCUGUUCGCCGUAGC